GGGACGUAGGCCACCGCGGGGAUUGCCGGGACGGGCCCAAGAUGGCCGGGAGGGUGGCUUCCGCUUCUGCCCAGGGCCCUACGCCUCAUUCAUUGCCUCUGUACUAAGCGGCGGAGCGUGGCGUGAGCCGGCCCGAGGCCUCUCGGGCUUGCCCCGCCGGGCGCGAGGGCGCCAUGGCGACCCUGGAAAAGCUGAUGAAGGCCUUUGAGUCUCUCAAGUCCUUCCAGCAGCAGCAGGCGCCACCGCCUCAGCCCUCUCAGCCGUCGCCUCAGGCGCCGCCGCCCCAGGCACAUCCGCCCCCGCCUCCGCCUCCUGCUGGCCUGUCCGGGCCCGAGGAGCCGCUGCCCCGACCAAAGAAGGAACUCUCAGCCACCAAGAAAGACCGCGUCAAUCAUUGUCUGACGAUAUGUGAAAACAUAGUGGCACAGUCUCUCAGAAAUUCUCCAGAAUUUCAGAAACUCCUGGGCAUCGCCAUGGAACUUUUCCUGCUGUGCAGUGAUGAUGCGGAGUCAGAUGUCAGAAUGGUGGCUGAUGAAUGCCUGAACAAAGUUAUCAAAGCUUUGAUGGAUUCCAACCUUCCAAGGCUCCAGUUAGAGCUCUACAAGGAAAUUAAGAAGAAUGGUGCCCCUCGCAGUUUGCGUGCUGCCCUGUGGAGAUUUGCUGAGCUAGCUCAUCUGGUUCGGCCUCAGAAGUGUAGGCCUUACCUGGUGAAUCUUCUGCCCUGCCUAACUCGAACGAGCAAGAGACCUGAGGAAUCGGUCCAGGAGACCUUGGCUGCAGCUGUUCCCAAAAUUAUGGCUUCUUUUGGCAAUUUUGCAAAUGACAAUGAAAUUAAGGUUCUGCUGAAGGCAUUCAUAGCGAAUCUGAAGUCAAGCUCGCCUACGGUCCGGCGAACGGCAGCUGGCUCAGCGGUGAGCAUCUGCCAGCACUCCAGGAGGACACAGUACUUUUACAGCUGGCUGCUCAAUGUGCUGUUAGGUCUGCUGGUUCCCGUGGAAGAAGAACAUCCCACACUCUUGAUCCUUGGAGUGCUGCUCACACUGAGGUAUCUGGUGCCCUUGCUGCAGCAGCAGGUCAAGGACACAAGCCUGAAAGGCAGCUUUGGGGUGACUCAGAAAGAAAUGGAAGUGUCUCCAUCUGCAGAGCAGCUGGUCCAGGUUUACGAACUGACCUUGCAUCACACGCAGCAUCAAGACCACAACGUAGUGACAGGUGCUCUGGAGCUCUUGCAGCAACUCUUCCGCACACCCCCACCUGUGCUCCUGCAGGCACUUACCACCCCAGGGGGCCUGGCUCAGCUCUCUGCUGCUCAGGAUGAGGCCCGUGGCCGCGGCCGCAGUGAGAGCAUAGUGGAGCUUCUAGCUGGAGGGGGUUCUUGCAGUCCUGGCCUUUCAAGAAAACAAAAAGGGAAAGUGCUCUUAGGAGAGGAGGAAGCCUUGGAGGAUGACUCUGAAUCGAGGUCAGACACCAGCAGCUCGGCCUUUGCAGCCUCUGUGAAGGGGGAGAUCAGUGGAGAGCUGGCCGCUGCCUCGGGGGUCUCCACACCUGGGUCUGUGGGGCAUGACAUCAUCACUGAACAGCCCCGGUCACAGCACACUCUGCAGGCAGACUCUGUGGAUCUCUCCAGCUGUGAUUUGACCAGUGCUGCCACCGAUGGGGAUGAAGAAGACAUCUUGAGCCACAGUUCCAGCCAAAUCAGUGCUGUGCCGUCUGACGCUGCCAUAGACCUGAACGAUGGAACCCAGGCCUCCUCACCCAUCAGUGACAGCUCCCAGACCACUACUGAAGGGCCUGAUUCAGCCAUAACCCCUUCUGACAGCUCUGAAAUAGUGUUAGACGGUGCUGACAGCCAGUAUUCAGGCCUGCAGACUGGCCUCCCAGAGGACGAGGACGAGAAUGAAGCUGAGGCUGAGUCCGUGCCUAUGCCUGUGCCUGUGCCGAGCGGCCUUCCUGCUGGGACUUCAGAUGCUUUCAGGAACUCUUCCCUGUCCCUUCAGCAAGCACAUUUAUUGGAGAGUGUGGGUCACAGCCAGCAGCCUUCUGAGAGCAGUAUAGAUAAGUUUGUAUCAAGAGAGGAAGCUGCUGAACCAGGCGAUCAAGAGAACAAGCCUUGCCGAGUGAAAGGUGACAUAGGACAGUCUGCUGAUGACGAUUCUGCUCCUUUGAUUUAUUGUGUCCGCCUGUUAUCUGCUUCAUUUUUGCUAACUGGGGAAAAAAAUGUGCUGGUUCCAGACAGGGAUGUGCGGGUCAGUGUGAAGGCCCUAGCCCUUAGCUGUGUUGGGGCAGCUGUGGCCCUGCAUCCAGAAUCUUUCUUCAGCAAACUGUAUAAACACCCCCUGGACACCACGGAAUACCCCGAGGAGCAGUAUGUCUCUGACGUCUUAAACUAUAUCGACCAUGGAGACCCACAGGUCCGAGGAGCCACUGCUAUUCUCUGUGGGACUCUCAUCUCCUCUGUCCUCAGUAGGUCCCGCUUCCACGUGGGGGACUGGCUGGGUACCAUUAGGAUGCUGACAGGAAAUAGAUUUUCUCUAGCAGAUUGCAUUCCACUGCUACGGAAAACAUUAAAGGAUGAAUCUUCUGUGACAUGCAAGUUGGCUUGUGCAGCUGUGCGGCACUGUGUCAUGAGUCUUUGCAGCAGCAGCUACAGCGACUUGGGACUGCAGCUACUGGUGGACCUACUGGCCCUGAGGGAUAGCUCCUACUGGCUGGUGAGGACAGAGCUCCUGGAGACGCUGGCGGAGAUGGACUUCAGGUUGGUGAGCUUUUUGGAAGCAAAAUCAGAGAACUUACACAGAGGAGCUCAUCAUUAUACAGGGCUUUUAAAGCUACAAGAGCGAGUGCUCAGUAAUGUUGUCAUCUCCUUGCUGGGGGAUGAAGAUCCCAGGGUGCGACACGUUGCGGCAGCAUCGUUAGUGAGGCUUGUCCCGAAGCUGUUUUAUAAAUGUGACCAAGGACAGGCUGAUCCAGUAGUGGCUGUGGCAAGAGAUCAAAGCAGUGUUCACCUGAAGCUGCUCAUGCAUGAGACGCGGCCUCCCUCGCACUUCUCCGUCAGCACGAUUACCAGAGACUAUACUUUGAAAAGAUUCAGCAUAAAUAGUCCUUUAAGAAUCUAUAGAGGGUAUAGUUUACUACCAAGUAUAACAGACGUCACCAUGGAAAAUAACCUCUCAAGAGUUAUCGCCGCCGUUUCACAUGAAUUGAUCACGGCCACCACACGUGCACUCACAUUUGGAUGCUGUGAAGCUUUGUGUCUUCUUUCAGCCGCCUUUCCUGUUUGUGUGUGGAGCUUAGGUUGGCACUGUGGAGCACCCCCGCUGAACAUUUCUGAUGAGUCCAGGAAGAGCUGCACCGUUGGGAUGGCCACUGUGAUUCUUACCCUGCUCUCCUCAGCUUGGUUCCCGCUCGACAUCUCUGCCCAUCAGGACGCCUUGAUCUUGGCGGGAAACUUGCUCGCAGCAAGUGCCCCCAAAUCUCUGAGAAGUUCAUGGGCCUCUGAAGAAGAAGCCAACCCCACAGCAACCAGACAAGAGGAAGUGUGGCCUGCUCUGGGGGACCGGACCCUGGUGCCCAUGGUGGAGCAGCUCUUCUCUCACUUGCUGAAGGUGAUCAACAUCUGUGCCCAUGUCCUGGACGAUGUGGCUCCUGGGCCAGCAAUCAAGGCAGCUUUGCCUUCUCUGACAAACCCACCUUCACUAAGUCCCAUCCGGCGCAAGGGCAAGGAGAAGGAACCCGGAGAACAAGCCUCUGCACCACUGAGCCCUAAGAAGGGCAGCGAGGCAAGCACAGUUUCCCGACAAUCCGAUACCUCAGGGCCAGUAACAGCCAGUAAAUUAUUGUCACUGGGGAGUUUCUACCAUCUUCCUUCAUACCUCAAGUUGCAUGACGUCCUGAAGGCUACUCAUGCCAACUACAAGGUCACCUUGGAUCUUCAGAACAGCACUGAAAAGUUUGGGGGGUUCCUGCGCUCUGCCUUGGACGUUCUCUCCCAGAUUCUAGAGCUGGCGACACUGCAGGACAUUGGGAAGUGUGUUGAAGAGAUCCUGGGCUACCUGAAGUCCUGCUUUAGUCGGGAACCGAUGAUGGCUACUCUUUGCGUGCAGCAGCUUUUGAAGACUCUCUUUGGGACAAACCUAGCCUCCCAGUUUGAUGGCUUAUCUUCUAACUCCUGCAAGUCGCAAGGCCGAGCACAGCGUCUUGGCUCUUCUAGUGUGAGGCCGGGCCUAUAUCACUACUGCUUCAUGGCCCCCUACACCCACUUUACGCAGGCCCUUGCGGAUGCCAGCCUGAGGAACAUGGUGCAGACGGAGCAGGAGCACGACAACUCGGGGUGGUUUGAUGUGCUCCAGAAGGUGUCCUCCCAGCUUAAGACAAACCUCACAGGUGCCACCAAGAACCGCACAGACAAGAAUGCUAUUCACAACCACAUUCGUUUAUUUGAGCCUCUUGUCAUAAAAGCUUUGAAACAGUACACCACGACAACCUCCGUGCAGUUGCAGAAGCAGGUUUUGGAUUUGCUGGCGCAGCUGGUUCAGUUACGGGUGAAUUACUGUCUUCUGGAUUCAGAUCAGGUGUUCAUCGGAUUUGUGCUCAAGCAGUUUGAAUACAUUGAAGUGGGCCAGUUCAGGGAAUCAGAGGCAAUUAUUCCAAACAUCUUUUUCUUCCUGGUAUUACUGUCUUAUGAACGAUACCAUUCAAAGCAGAUCAUUGGAAUUCCUAAAAUCAUCCAGCUGUGCGAUGGCAUCAUGGCCAGUGGGAGGAAGGCUGUGACACACGCAAUCCCAGCUCUGCAGCCCAUAGUCCAUGACCUUUUUGUGUUAAGAGGAGCAAAUAAAGCUGAUGCGGGGAAGGAGCUUGAAACCCAGAAGGAGGUGGUGGUGUCAAUGCUGUUGAGACUCAUCCAGUACCAUCAGGUGCUGGAGAUGUUCAUCCUCGUCCUACAGCAGUGCCACAAGGAGAGUGAGGACAAGUGGAAACGGCUUUCUCGACAAGUUGCUGACAUCAUCCUGCCCAUGCUUGCCAAGCAGCAGUGCAGGCUUAUCUGGGAACAUCUGCAGUGUUCAAUCCCGCAGAUGCAUAUUGACUCUCAUGAAGCCCUCGGAGUGCUGAACACCUUGUUUGAGAUUCUGGCCCCUUCCUCCCUCCGCCCAGUGGACAUGCUUCUGCGCAGUAUGUUCGUCACUCCAGACACACUGGCAUCUGUGAGCACUGUUCAGCUGUGGAUAUCUGGAAUCCUAGCCAUUCUGAGGGUUCUGAUUUCCCAGUCAACUGAAGAUAUUGUUCUCUCUCGCAUUCAGGAGCUCUCCUUCUCGCCCUAUUUAAUCUCCUGUUCAGUGAUUAACAGGUUGAGAGAUGGGGACAGUACUUCCACAGCAGAAGAACACAAUGAAGGGAAACAAUUGAAGAAUUCACCAGAAGAAACAUUCUCGAGGUUUCUGUUACAACUGGUUGGGAUCCUUUUAGAGGACAUUGUUACAAAGCAGCUGAAAGUGGAAAUGAGUGAACAACAGCAUACUUUCUACUGCCAGGAGCUCGGCACGCUGCUCAUGUGCCUCAUCCACAUCUUCAAGUCGGGGAUGUUCCGGAGGAUCACUGCGGCUGCCACCAGACUCUUCACCAGUGAUGCCUGUGAGGGCGGCUUCUACACGCUGGAGAGCCUGAACGCACGUGUGCGCUCCAUGGUGCCUACACACCCGGCCCUGGUGCUGUUGUGGUGCCAGAUCCUGCUGCUUGUCAACCACACCGACCACCGCUGGUGGGCAGAGGUGCAGCAGACACCCAAGAGACACAGUCUGUCGUGCACGAAGUCACUCAGCCCCCAAUUGUCCAGUGAGAAGGAGGACUCUGAUUCAACAGCUGAACUUGGAAUGUGCAAUAGAGAAAUUGUGCGAAGAGGGGCCCUCAUUCUCUUCUGUGACUAUGUUUGUCAGAACCUGCAUGACUCCGAGCACCUAACAUGGCUUAUCAUAAACCACAUUCAGGAUCUGAUCAGUCUUUCCCAUGAGCCUCCAGUGCAGGACUUCAUCAGUGCUGUCCAUCGGAAUUCUGCCGCCAGUGGCCUUUUCAUCCAGGCAAUUCAGUCUCGUUGUGAAAAUCUUUCCACUCCAACCACUCUAAAGAAGACGCUACAAUGCUUGGAAGGCAUCCACCUCAGCCAGUCGGGCGCUGUACUCACACUCUAUGUGGACAGGCUCCUGGGCACCCCCUUCCGGGCACUAUCUCACAGGGUCGACACCCUGGCCUGUCGCCGGGUAGAAAUGUUGCUGGCUGCAAACUUACAGAGCAGCACGGCCCAGUUGCCAGUGGAAGAGCUCAACAGAAUUCAGGAGCACCUGCAGAGCAGUGGGCUUGCACAGAGACACCAGAGGCUUUAUUCCCUGCUGGACAGGUUCCGUCUUUCCACAGUACAAGACUCACUCAGCCCCUUACCCCUGAUUACCUCCCACCCACUGGAUGGGGAUGGGCAUGUGGCCCUGGAAACAGUGAGCCCAGACAAAGACUGGUACAUCCGCCUCGUCAAAUCCCAGUGUUGGACCAGGUCAGAUUCUGCGCUGCUGGAAGGUGCAGAGCUGGUGAAUUGCCUCCCUGCCGAGGACAUGCGUGUUUUCAUGAUGAGCACGGAGUUCAACCUAAGCCUACUGGCUCCGUGCUUAAGCCUCAGCCUGAAUGAAAUUGCAGCUGGCCAGAAGAGCCCUCUUUUUGAAGUGGCCCGUGGGGUGACUCUGGACCGCAUGACUAGCAUUGUUCAGCAGCUUCCUGCUGUCCAUCAGGUCUUCCAGCCCUUCCUGCCCACAAAGCUGACAGCCUAUUGGAGCAAGUUGAACGAUCUCUUUGGGGAUGCCACGUUGUACCAGUCCCUCACCACACUGGCCCGGGCCCUGGCACAGUACCUGGUGGUGGUGUCCAAAGUGCCUGCCUAUUUGCACCUUCCUCCUGAGAAGGAAAAAGACAUGGUGAAGUUUGUGGUGAUGACCCUAGAGGCCCUGUCAUGGCAUUUGAUUCACGAGCAAAUCCCACUGAGUCUGGACCUGCAGGCUGGGCUGGACUGCUGCUGCCUGGCUCUGCAGCAGCCCAGUCUCUGGAAUGUGGUCUCCUCCCCUGAGUUUGUGACCCACGCCUGUUCCCUCAUCCACUGCCUGCGAUUCAUCUUGGAAGCCAUUGCAGUGCAGCCUGGAGACCAGCUUCUCAGUCCAGAAAGCCGGAUGAGCAUGCAAGAGGAUGAAGUAGAUGCAGACACACGAAAUCCCAAGUAUAUCACCACGGCCUGCGAGAUGGUGGCAGAGAUGGUGGAGUCCCUGCAAUCUGUGCUGGCCUUGGGCCACAAGAGGAACAGCAGCGUGCCUGCAUUUCUCACUGCGGUGCUCAAGAAUAUUGUGGUCAGUCUCGCUCGCCUGCCGCUCGUCAACAGCUACACGCGAGUACCACCCCUGGUGUGGAAACUUGGGUGGUCCCCCAAGCCAGGAGGGGACUUCAGCACUGUGUUCCCCGAGAUUCCUGUGGAAUUCCUGCAGGAGAAGGAAGUCUUCAAGGAGUUCAUUUACCGCAUCAAUACGCUAGGGUGGACCAGUCGUACCCAGUUUGAGGAAACCUGGGCCACCCUUCUUGGUGUCCUGGUGACCCAGCCCCUUGUGAUGGAGCAGGAGGAGAGCCCACCCGAGGAGGACACGGAGAGGACCCAGAUCCACGUGCUAGCCGUCCAGGCCAUCACCUCCCUGGUGCUCAGCGCCAUGACUGUGCCUGUUGCUGGCAACCCAGCAGUGAGCUGUCUAGAGCAGCAGCCCCGGAACAAGCCCCUCAAAGCUCUUGAUACCAGGUUUGGGAGAAAAUUGAGCAUAAUUAGAGGGAUUGUAGAGCAGGAGAUUCAAGCGAUGGUUUCCAACCGGGAGAAUAUUGCCACCCAUCACUCAUACCAGGCGUGGGAUCCUGUCCCUUCUCUGUCACCUGCCACUACAGGCACCCUCAUCAGUCAUGACAGGCUGCUGCUGCAGAUCAACCCUGAGCGGGAGCUGGGCAACAUGAGCUACAAGCUGGGCCAGGUGUCCAUUCACUCUGUGUGGCUGGGGAACAGCAUUACCCCGCUGAGAGAAGAGGAGUGGGAUGAGGAAGAGGAGGAGGAAGCAGACGCCCCUGUGCCUGCGUCCCCGCCCACAUCUCCAGUCAGCUCCAGGAAACAUCGAGCCGGAGUCGACAUCCACUCCUGUUCACAAUUUCUGCUCGAGUUGUACAGCCGCUGGCUCCUGCCUUCCAGCUCAGCCAGAAGGACCCCGGUCAUCCUGAUCAGCGAAGUGGUUCGCUCUCUUCUCGUCGUCUCAGACUUGUUCACUGAGCGCAACCAGUUCGAGAUGAUGUAUUCAACCCUGACAGAACUGCGGCGGGUACACCCUUCAGAGGAUGAGAUUCUCAUCCAGUACCUGGUGCCAGCCACCUGUAAGGCGGCUGCUGUCCUGGGAAUGGACAAGGCUGUUGCGGAGCCUGUUAGCCGCCUGCUGGAGAGCACCCUCAGGAGCAGUCACCUGCCCAGCCAGAUUGGAGCCCUGCACGGCACCCUGUACGUGCUGGAGUGCGACCUCCUGGACGACACCGCCAAGCAGCUGAUCCCAGUUGUCAGUGACUACCUCCUGUCAAGCCUCAAGGGGGCAGCCCACUGUGUAAACGUGCACAGCCAGCAGCAUGUGCUGGUGAUGUGUGCCACCGCUUUCUAUCUCAUUGAGAACUAUCCCCUGGAUGUGGGGCCAGAGUUUUCAGCAUCAAUAAUACAGAUGUGUGGGGUGAUGCUGUCUGGCAGUGAGGAGUCCACUCCCUCGAUCAUCUAUCACUGCGCACUCCGAGGUCUGGAGCGCCUCCUGCUCUCCGAGCAGCUUUCCCGACUGGAUGCAGAGUCCCUUGUCAAACUGAGUGUGGACAGAGUGAACGUGCACAGCCCACACCGGGCCAUGGCUGCUUUAGGCCUGAUGCUUACCUGCAUGUACACGGGGAAGGAGAAAGCCAGUCCAGGCAGAACCUCGGAUCCUAACCCUGCAGCUCCCGACAGCGAGUCUGUGAUCGUUGCCAUGGAACGGGUAUCUGUCCUCUUUGAUAGGAUCAGGAAGGGCUUCCCCUGUGAAGCCCGGGUGGUGGCGAGGAUCCUGCCCCAGUUCCUGGACGACUUCUUCCCACCCCAGGACGUCAUGAACAAGGUCAUUGGAGAGUUUCUGUCCAACCAGCAGCCAUACCCACAGUUCAUGGCCACUGUUGUGUACAAGGUGUUCCAGACUCUGCACAGUGCCGGACAGUCGCCCAUGGUCCGGGACUGGGUCAUGCUGUCCCUGUCCAACUUCACACAGAGGACCCCGGUUGCCAUGGCCAUGUGGAGCCUCUCCUGCUUUUUUGUCAGCGCAUCCACCAGCCCCUGGGUGUCAGCCAUCCUUCCACAUGUCAUCAGCCGGAUGGGCAAGCUGGAGCAGGUGGACGUGAAUCUUUUCUGCCUGGUCGCCACAGACUUCUACAGACAUCAGAUAGAGGAGGAGCUUGACCGCAGGGCCUUUCAGUCUGUGUUUGAGGUGGUCGCGGCACCAGGAAGCCCAUACCACCGGCUACUGACUUGUUUGCGAAAUGUCCACAAGGUCACCACUUGCUAAGCAUCUGUGGUGCCCAGAGGAGACAGCUUGUGGGACCAGAACAUGUGGGAGCCUGAGUGAACCCUGCUCUGCCAGGGUUCCUGGGUUGCCAUGGGCUUCUGUUUGCGCUACACAAGGUGGCCUGCUGGCAUGUGCAUUUCUGGCUCUGCAACAGAAGUGCUUUUUGCAGCAAGGGCUGUGCAGGAAACAUGCAGCAGAUUGGGGUUGAGCUAAGUCCUGUGUUGGUGGCCUUGCAAUCACAGGUGAUGUCUCCCUGUGUACACCUGUCCACAUCACAGGGUUGCAGUGCCCUAGGGCAGGAACCCUGGCCUCCCUGGCCUGCAGACAGAUACGCUGCCUCGGGCUGCAAAGCUCUCCCUGCAUCUCCCAGUGGGGUCUGCCUGCCCACCCAUGUCUGGACACUGGUGCGUGGUGAGUCAGGCCUGGGGGUGCUGGGCGUGCAGUGCCAGUCUCCCUUUCUCUGUUCUCUUCUCAGGACUUAAAAUUUAAUUAUAUCAGUAAAGAGAUUAAUUUUAAUGUAACACUUCCUAUGCCCGUGUACAGUGUGUGACUUGCAAGGCCUGUGCUGCAUGUGACAGCGUCUGCGGACGUGGACCGGGCCUCUGGUCGCCACUCCCUUCCUGUAGCCGCUUGUGCUGAGUCGGCGGGCCCCUCCCACACCCCCUCUGCUGCACACACUCCCUUUGCUGUGUGUUCCUGUGUAGCUGGAAUGGAGAGAGGUGUCAGUGUCCAGGGCCCGACUCGGAGGACAAGCAGUGUACUCGCCUCUGUGUCCACUGCAGGACCCCUCUUUGGGCACUGACAGCACUCAGGCUCACACAUAUGAGAGGCCUGGCAGCCUCCAGUGCCUGGCCAGCAUCCAGGACUGUGGUCUACUUUAGCAUCCAGUGUUAGGUGCACUAUCCCUAGCCUCCUGUGCAGAACAGUUAAGCCCUGAUGGGUACCUGGCCUACAGCCCCAAGACAUCACUCAGCUGAGCUCUGACACGAUGUUUUGUGUGAGCUUGUGGUCAAGGGUAAAGCGUGGUGUCUCAGUGACCAUUGAAAAUGAACCCCAACACGCCUUUCCAGUUCUCAUGUGUGUGCCUCCCUCAGCCGAGGAGAGCGCACAUCUGUGUCCAUCGGAGGGGAGGGAAGAGGCUCACUCUCGGUCAUGUGGAGAUGGGAUGGUAGGAGUGGGAAGACAUGUGUGUCUGGUCACCUGUGGCCUGGGGACAGCCCUGCUUAUACCCCAGGCCCCAGAUCCUGAACUCACUUUGGGUUCCCAGGUGCAGACGGCCACAUGGGUUUUUUUGUUUUCGUUUUUGUUUUUUUAAGCCAACUAAAUUUAGCAUUGGGGGGGAGAAGGGGGGUGGUAUACCAACUUUAGUGACACUAAUGUUAAUAAGUUCUGAUAACCCACUGCCAUUGGACCAGACAAAGCCACAUGGUUUUAAUGGAAGUGAGCCUGGGUGGCAGGGCUCCUUUGGUGUACUCCCUGUCUUUGUUCAGAGCGCUGCCCGCUGUGCAGUAGGGUGGUGCUCCAUGCCCCGUCCCUGGGGCAGGCCCAGCUGACUGGGUGGUGAGGUCAGUAUCAGCUACACUUGGUCGAUGAGGAGCACACAGAGUGGUUUGUGGUCUGCCAAGGAGGAGGGCUUUCAGCUUGUUGCGUUAGCUAACAUCAUGUCUGCCGUGUCACCUUGAGACCCCCAACUGCCUCUGUCCUCUCCUGCCAUGGGGUGCUGGGUUGCCCACGGGGAAUCCCUCAUGGUUAACAUGAAGCUUUUCCUGCCAGGCCCAAUAGAGACCUCAACUAGCCAGGACCAACUCAUUCUGGUAGUCAGCAGUUCAGACUAUAGAAAUGGAUCCUGUUUGGGAGAAGAUUGUAGGGAAACCACAGGAUGCUAAGAAGUAAGAAAGUCUCUGAUGGCCCCUUAUCGAUUUGGGGCUCCUGUUUCUCAUCUCAGCUUUCCCCUAGGAAACUGCUCGAAAUAUUUGGGAACCGUGGGAAAGUUCUGCACUAUACCCCCAGAUUGUCCCAGCUGCUGAGACAGAUGUGUUGCAGGCUGAAUGUUGCGCCUGGCUAGAUGUUUACAUUGUGAGAAAUAACACUGUGAAUAUGAAAUUUGGAGCCAUUCCCCUUGGGAUUCUUAUCACGGACUCAGCAUAGUUUAAUUGGCCGCCUCUUGUUCACCCUAUGAUCUUAGCGUAGGGGCUGGAAUCCAACUCUGGCUAUAGGCAGCAACCCAAAGAUUUGUGUGCUCCAGAGCUGGUGGAUGUACACACACACCCCUCGAGUCAGACACAAGCCCUCAGAAAACACCUGAGAGUGUGACAAGAUAAGAAGGUGUCCCUAUGCAGAAAAGUCCCAUGGAGAAAGUGGUCUGCCUGACUAGCAUGGGGGCUCAAGACUCCCUCAAGUUCCUCCAAAGCUGUGGAUCCCCAACUUUUACCAGAAAUGUCAUUUUGAUUAUCAGGUUUUUGGGGGAGGCAGGGUAGUAUUUUUGUUUUCUUGCUGGUACUAUCAGGAAAGCUUUUAAUGAAACCAGGGUAGAAUUAUUUGGCAAUGCACUUAAGCGUUUCUUCUCCAGACUGUGCCUCCCUUCCUUUGCUGGCCCUGCUGACGCGUGGAGGUAACUUUCCAGCUGCAAGUGCCCUUUAUCAUACUUGCAGUUUCCCUGUGCUGGACCCAUCAGGAGGAAGAGUGCCAUGGAGAUGCCCCAGACACCCAGAGCAUCCCCACCAGGGAGCCCGUCCCAUGGAGCCACAGUGUCCAGCUGAGAGCUCACCUUGUGGGUGGGUUACACAGCAAUAGCUGCCUCUCAGUUGCCUUGGCACCAUGGGUCUGGCUUUGUGUGCUUGCGAAGUAGAAUGAGUUCCUCCUGCUCCCCGCGAGUGUCCUUCCCCAUCAGUCUCCUCACAUAGGAUUGUCCCUCCCUCUCUGCGCUGGGUGCAGGGACCAGAGCUGCUGGCUGAAGUGAACUCGGUGUGCCAGGAGUGAUGCAUGGGAGUGGGAAGGCCCAGAGAGCUGAGGGUGGAGAGCACAGGGUGGCACAGGAGAAAAGGACUGUCCCUUGUCUGGAGCUGUGUGUGGCGUAGGAGAGAUUCAGCCUUGCGUCCACAGAUGGUGCUUAGAAGGUUCAGGGCCAUCUUCCCUGUGUGCCUGUCAUGUUUUCAUGCCAUUUUGAAAGCCCUCCCUGCAAGGCUUUCAGGGAGCAGCUCUUCUGUUGCACAUGGCAGGCGGGUUAUGGGCGGCAGAAACCUGCCUGUGGGGUGCAGCUCUGACCCAGGGCAUCCAUCCAGGCUGUAAGUGAGCAGGCUGUGGGCUGCAGCUGUGAUGGGCAUGUCCCGGAGCUCUGCCCACCCCUGACUGUCCACUUCCAAGAGGAAGGACUGGUGUAAGAUGUACAUUUAAAGUUUUUCUAACUGCUGCAAAUGUUGUAUAUUCAAAUUAAAGGAAUCAAACCAUC